AUGUAGGCGAAUUUACCAGGUGGAAAUGGCCAUCUUAAGGAUAGUUUAAAAAUAAAUUAAAUUUUAUAUCUUGGAGCUCAUAAUGCACCUAUGUCAACAUUCUAUGGUUGGGUUUAUGCUUAACAAAAUGUAUCAUUAACAGAAUAGUUUGUAAAAUAUGGUGCUAGACAUUUUAAAACUCCAUUGCGUUGUUGUUUCUUAGAUGGGAAACCCGAAGUAUAAUUUAUCUACUAGAUGAGAUUGUUGUUGCACAUGAAAUAAGAGGAAUCAAAGUUGUUGGAUCAGUGUUUUUUAGAGAGGAUUGAAAAAUCCAGAGAAAGCAAUAGAUCGUCUUAAAGAAUUGUUUGAUUUAGCAUAAAAGUAUCCAAAUGAAAUCAUGAUUGUCAAGUUUGAAACUUAUUUGUUAUGUAAUACUGAAACUAAUGGUACGAAAGGAUGGAGUAGUUAAUAAGUUACUACCAUGCUUCAUAAUUUAUUAGUUGCUCUAAAAGCAGAUUAAAGAGCUAUAACAUUUGAAUAGAUGAUCCUCCAACUUUAGGUUGGUGUAGGAAAAACAAAAAGAAUAUUCUAACAUAAAUUCAACCAUCUCGAUAGCACCGUUGUUAAUUAACUAAAUACACACAUGAUUUUGAUUAUGUAUGCUUUUAAGUAGAUUGGGAAACUAAUCCCUUAGAAGAUGAAAAGCCUUCUUAUAAAUAAAUUUAUAAGCAUUUCUUUGAAAUUCACCUAAACCCUCAAUAUUCAUUAAAGUAAAAAUUUUAAAUUAAACAUAAGACUUAAUUACUCAUAUAGUACAACAUAUAAUUCCUAUGAGCAUGUCAAAAAGCGUUUUUUAUAACAUAAUCGCUAUUACCAAAAAAUGCCUAAUUUUAUGGUAGCUGAUUGUGUUGAUUAAGGAGAUCUUUCAAAAAUUGUAGAUGAAAUCAAUAAUAAUAUAAAUAAAAAUAAUGGCUUUAAACCUGAAUUAUUAUGAUAAAUUAGAGGACAUUAAUUUAAAAAAAACUAUCUUUUAUUGA